GCAAAUGACGCCGAAAAAAUAUUGUGGCGUCCCUCCACAUAGCCGGCGUCAUUUCCCACGCAUGUAGCCAUAAUAAAACAAAGCCCACUCCUCGAGCUCCCAAUUAAUUAACAAAAUGAAUUAAUUGAGACCCUCAGUAUUCGAAGUGAUGUGAAUAAUCCCCUUAUGAGUAAUCCGAUCACCCGAAUAAAAACGCCAAGAAAAUCACUUGAAAUAUUUGCAAAUGAUUUUAUCUAAAAAUCCGCCGGAAUGUGCCAUUACGCGGGAAAACCGCGAGCUCAUGGAGUGUUCUCAUUUGGAAUCGCAGAUGGCGUCGCGAGUUCAAUGGCGGAGUCAGUGGUUCAGUGCGCGUCGGGACACGUUGGCUGAAAUCGCGAGUGAUAAACACCGGCAUUGAGGAUCUUCAAUAAAUAGUGAACAUAAUUAAAUGAGACGUCCCUUGUCGUUAUGCAGAAUAAUUUCGAGAAGUCUUCCGAAACAACAAAUCAAACGAGGUAGUGUCCAACGACAAGGUCCACUGACGUCUCUGGUGGGUGGUAUUGGUUGUGAACGUGAAGUGGUGGAGCAUCAACGACUGGGAAUACCACAGGAAUUACUAAGGAGCUUGGGUGACCAGUGUUGGCAAUCAAAUAAAUUUUCAAACAUGGUGGAGACCAGUGUACCACCAUUGGUGGGUCAGCCGGUUGACCGACAGACGCAAUUUGGCAAUGCCAGACGUUUCGAGCCGUCAGACUGCAUUUUUGUAUUCAAGGAUACGGAGUCGGAUUAUGAGGAACCACCGAGUGGCGAUGAGGUUGAUCUCAAGCCACUGAGAGAGCCCGCAAUAGCUGUCUCAUCCCCCAAAAUCUCGGAGAAGCGAAGAGCAGAGGAGGCGGACGCCAGCAAGGACCUGAAGAAGGCAAAAUUGGAAACGAAAGCGUUGAAAGCGAAGAGACCCGGAUUCACAGACGAGCGGUACAACGAGACCAGCUAUUACGUGGAGAAUGGCCUCCGAAAAGUCUACCCCUACUAUUUCACCUUCACGACCUUCACGAAGGGUCGUUGGGUGGGUGAGAAGAUCCUCGAGGUGUUUGCCCGUGAAUUUCGUGCCCAUCCGGCCGAGGAAUACGAGAGAUGCAUCCGUGCUGGCACUCUCACGGUCAAUUACCAGAAGGUCGACGUUGACUACAGAUUGCGGCACAACGAUCUCCUCGCCAACGUCGUUCACAGACACGAGGUGCCAGUCACCUCGGAGCCGAUCACGGUGAUACACAUGGACGAGGACGUCGUCGUGGUCAACAAGCCCGCCUCCAUCCCUGUCCACCCGUGCGGUCGUUAUCGGCACAAUACUGUCGUUUUUAUUCUGGCUAAAGAGUACAAUCUGAAGAAUCUGAGGACAAUUCACAGGCUCGACAGGUUGACCAGUGGUAUUUUAUUGUUUGGUAGAACACCGAAGAAGGCUAGACAAAUGGAGCAUCAAAUCAGAAAUAGACAGGUGCACAAGCAGUACGUCUGCCGCGUGGAAGGGGCCUUCCCAGAGGACGAGGUGGUCUGUUCGGAAGCAAUUGAAGUCGUCUCCUACAAGAUCGGCGUCUGUAAGGUCUCGGACAAAGGCAAGGACUGUAUAACUCGUUUCAAGCGUUUAUCCUACAACGGCAAGUCCUCGGUGGUCCUCUGCAAGCCCCAGACCGGAAGAAUGCACCAAAUUCGUGUGCACCUGCAGUACCUCGGGUACCCAGUGGUGAACGAUCCCCUCUACAAUCACACAGUCUUCGGUCCAGAGAAGGGUAAAGGAGGCAACAUCGGCAAGACGGAUGAGGAGCUCGUCAAGGACUUAAUCGGCAUCCACAACGCCGAGAACUGGCUCGGGAUGGACGGUGACUCGGAGAUGAGCCUCUUCAAGCCCAAACUGGACAUCGAGGAUCGUGUAUCAAAUUCCAGCGGUGACAAGGACAGUAAUGGCUCACCAUCAUCUACUCCAGGAUGUUCGCCGGACGAUGAACAACCUCAACAGCCACUUCCACCUGCCCUCAAGGUCACCGUUGGCACACAAACCGGUAGUGAGCCACCAGAUUCGAGUUUCACCAAUGAAAAAGUCACCGUAGAUCCUCAUUGCUACGAGUGCAAAGUUAAAUAUCGUGAUCCAAAACCAUCGGACCUCGUUAUGUAUCUACAUGCGUGGCGUUAUUGUGGCCCUGGAUGGGAGUACGAGACACCUCUACCAGCGUGGGCUGCCAGUGACUGGAGUGGUGGGGAUGAUCGAUAGUCAGGGGAUUCUAUUAUUUAUCAGUCAUUAUUCAUUUUUACGUGUUUUACGAGGAGCCAUAUCUACGAAAUGACGCAGACCCUUUUUUGAUAUCCUACCCCGUGCCUUCCAUCCGUUUGCGAGCGGUACUUCGAGACUUGGGUGACCGAUUUUUUUUUUUGUUGGGUUUGGGCCAUAGGGAGGUGGUGGAGUGGUGGUGGUGAUGAGCGGGAAGGGGUGGUAAAACGAGAUGAGGUGACUUCAAUGGAGGACGUCUCGCACUUUGAGGAUUAUCCUUCUGUAGGAGGUUUUUUUUUUUGGAGGGGUUGGUAAUUUUGGAGGUGACAGUUCUUACAAAUUGGAACAACCAUCCUUUAAAGGGAUGGAAUUUUGUUUUUGGACAAUGGAGUGACAUUAGCGUUUGCUCAAGAUUGUUUUAAUAUGCGAAUGAGGGAGUGUUGGUUUUUUCAAGUUGUUUUAUCUUCCGAAAGGGUAGAAGUCUCGUUUUACUACUUCACUAGAUGAUUUUGUGAAUAUUUUCAAGAGGAAGAAUCUUACAGAGCUUUUUGUGUGGAAUUUUAAACGGAAGUUGGAUGAAAACUGCAAUCAUCUGGUGAAAUUUUUACCUGAAAUAAUUUAAUCUUCCACUAGAAUUGCAUUUUUCAUUGAAAAUUUGGUGGAAAUUCUUGCAAAGUCAUUUCGCUAUGAUUAAUGUAUAGAAUUGAAGGGUGACUUUUAUCAGGAAUGUAGGAUAGUCUUGAACAUAUUUUAGACUCUUCAAAUUUUAGGAUUUUACAAUGAUUUUUUUUCUAUGGAAUAAAGAGAUCUCCAGCAUCUCGUUUCUAUUUUUUGAAUGGCUCCUAAUUAAUGAAGUGAAGUAUAAUUCAAUAAAUUGUGUUAAAUAUGUAGUGGAGUCUCCUUAUUGUUCUUCUGCAACUAAAUGACUAGCUUAAAAUAGUCAAGUCGACAUUUGGAAUAGCCCACUUGGACUUUAGGCUACGACAAAGCAAUUUAAAUAACCGAGUCAUUCUCUCACUCUCCGUCUCCAGUCCCAGAAUAUUUCAGUACGCAGAAAUAGUAGCUCCAAGCCAAAAUCACAGCGAGACUCUACUAUGUUUGGAUAAUAGACAUUGCAGAGGAAAAAAAGGAAUUUUUUGUUUAAGAUUUUUACGCCGAACGAUUUUAAAAGUCUUCAUGCCUUCACAUGUUCUUUCUCGAACAUAUAAUUUUUUUGAUUUUAACUAUUGGGAGAUUGACCUGACAUGUCUAGAGAUCAUGCACUUUACUCUCUGGUCCUUCGCGGUUGAUAAACAUUGAUGAGCAUUUGAUUUCGAAAAGUGAAGGGAAUAUAAUAAAACGAUUAAAAAACUAUACGUCAACCGUAAACCCAUCUCUUUAUUCCAUAUAAUUUUUAAUCCCCAAUGCCAAGUGUUUUCAACACACUUAUAACAAAUGUAGAGAGAAAUUCACUAGUGAAAUGGGUGAAACAAGCUAUCCGUUUAAUAUCUCCGAAUCUAAAUGGGAUAGCUGAAUUUUCAUAUCUCUUUUCAUGGCGUAGACUUGAAGCGAGGAGAGCGUGGAGUGAAAUGAAAUUCUAGAAAAACGACUGCUCGACGUAAUUCAAGGAAAAAAGAACUUGUUCAUUAAGUUUUUUAUUUUUUGAAAUUCUGGUGAGAAAAAUCAUUUUUUAUCCAGCAGAAAUGUAAAUAGAGGACGAAAAAAAUCCUGUUAUUCACUUUUAUUGACUGGGAAUCAAUUCACAAAUCAAAAAUAAUUUUUAGUUGGUAUUGGCAACUAAAAAUUGUAAUGUGGUUUAUUCAUUUUUCCCAUUAUUGAAUUGUUCUCCACGCAAGCCUUAAAAAGAGUGUUUAUAAAUAUAAUGCUAUCUCCUUUCCGUUCUGGAAUAUUCAGCAAUAAUUCCCUUGGGCCACUUCACUACCGAAUUGAUGAAUUCGAUCCUUCAGUUAAUUUGAAAAUGGUCAACCAAGAACGGAGGCUUCAAUAACGACAUUUAUUAUAGUAGCUUCCGGUCCCCGGAAUGGUGGGACCAAUCACCCGCGCGUCGUAGCGUUGCUUCUCUUCCGUAAAUGACAAAUCGAUAGCAGUAACUCGUAACGAGCAAUAAUUCUUCCUGAAAUAAUCCACAAAAUAUCUGUUGUCGUCCACAAAUUGACGGAUUAAAUAUUUUUUCGUCGCCUGGGAUAUCUAUAUUCAAUAUCAUUUACUGCUAGUCGGGAAUCAUGUGAAAAUUAAUUACUGUUUAAUGUCAAUGGUCGCGCUAUUUCAGCGUUUCCAAGUCGACAGUAUGCGAGACAUCCUCUUAUUGCGUUUUGCUGUCAAAUCAAAUGCUCGUUCGAGUUAUCGUCGACUUUGUUGAAGUAGCAAGGAUCUGUUAGCUCGAAUUGCAAAAUAGAGAGAUGUCUAUUUUUAUAGGCCGAUUAUACAGGAGGAAUGAAGAAUCAAGAGACACUAUGCGUGCCCACAAAUCAUCAAAUUCCGUGGUGGAGUGGUAAUUUAUUGGAAAUAGCUCUGAAAUAAGUGAAUUCGGUUGGAAAAAUGGUUGUCAAAAGUCUCAGAGAGAUGAACAAUUUGUGAGCAGGGUAUUUUGACAAAUAAAAUCAUUCAAGAACCUUUUUAGAGAUCAUAAAAACAUGCUUGUCAACAUCGCGGAUAUCGAGAACAUUUGACAAUAAAACAGAAUUUUUUACCUGGAAUAGUAGUGGAAUAUUUUUCGUUUUAGAAAGUGGUAUUACAGAGUAAUUGAACAAUUGGCAAAAUAUAAAUCAGACAUGCAAAAAAUUCUUGUGCGGAAUAGUAUUGCAGAGAAUUUAGAAUCUGGAGGGUUUAUUAAAACUUAAAAAAAGUAUAGUUGCUGCUCAUAAAAUUAUUCAUGAACAAUCUUUCGAUAAAUGGCAUUUGACUCUGUAGUCACUACUUCCAGAGCUAUUUACGGAUCCGUUUCUGAGCUCAUUUCCAACUAAUUGACUUUACCACUUCACUACCGAAUCAGUCACCAAUAAUAAAGGAGAAUAAAUGAAAAUUUAUCCAACCAAUGAAGCACGACCGUGCCAACUUGGGGAGCAUCCGUGAGCUUUAAAUCAUAUCGUCAAAAAGUGAUAAAAAAUAUCCGGUAUUGUCAGUCAUAAACAAAAUGAGAAUAAAAUAAUCACAAAUAAUCGAAAAUAUUGUUUUCAUUGAAGACCCACAGGUUGCAUGUCACGCAUCCCCAUCGAGAGCUCAAUUGUACGAGUUUCUGAUGCGUGACAAAGUCUAAUACUUCCUGUAUCAAAAGUGAAAAUACCCCAGAUUGGAGAAUAUUAUUUUAUUACUCGAUCACGCAUGUCUCCGAAUUGGCCUUAGUGUUGUAUAUCGAAAGCGUGGCUCAGCGCAAGACGAAAACAUAUUAGAAAAAAAAAUUACCUUUAUAGCAAGAAAGUUAAGAUAUUAAAUGGCAAAACCAACGGACCUACCAUAAGAGACAGUUUGUGCGCUUACUAACAAGAGAAAAUAUCGAUUCAGUAGUGAAGUGAGUUCUGGGAGUGAGAUAUCUAGGACUCGAAAUCCAAUGGAGGAAUGCAAAAUUUGGAUUCACACAUAUUGUAGGAAGAACUAUAAAAAUAUGUUGAAGUCCUGCAGAAAAAUCAGUUCACGUGUAAUAUCGAUAGGAGACAUGUCAUCAGCAUUAAAACUGAAAAUUAGAUUUUAAUUUUCAGAUAUUCUGAAUAAUAUGGAAGUGAAAUCCCUUCAAUCAGCUCCGCCACUUCACUACUGAAUUUAAUUUUAAGAAACUGAUAAAUUCCCCCUGAAUUUAUCGUAUCAUGUAAUCGCUACGUUAAUGUAUGUAAAGAUAAGAUAAGUAAAUAAAAACUAACGUUUAUUGAUGAUAAUAAAGUACAUUAAAUGAAGGAAAGAUACAAAAAAAAAUUAUGAUGACAAAAACUACAGGAAAAAAAAGACAAAAAAAAAGUUCGCGAGUGCGAGAUUUAGUGGGUCGAGAGAGGAAAAUAAUCGUGAGUAAAAAUCUUAAUGAUGACAAAAUGGAGAAUUUUGUUUGUGAAUCAAGCGAUCGCUUUUGUAUAUAUUAUAUAUAUAUUGUAUACGCACAUUGUAAUGACGUAUUAUCGUAUAUCGUAAACGGAUCGUUAGCGUUCGUGAGUAAAAAACCAUUUUAUGGAGAUGAAGAAGUGAAUAAAAAUUCUUGUAUAAUGAACGAAUAAAUGCUAAUUAUCGUUCGGUAAA